AUGGGAGUGGCUCGUGGGUGUCAACCGCCCCCGAGGCUGUUGAAUCAAAGGCCGCUUGGUCUGGACCGCCUCGAGCAAAUAUUCAGGGCGGACAGCGAGUCUCGCCUGAUGGAGCUGUUCUUAUUUCAUUUCAGGCUCUGGGGCACAACCCUCGAGCAAGUAUUUCUUGGCUCCCAGGCUUUCGGAACAAUAGAACCAGCCAAUCUUGAAGCUAUUCUGAGCACCCAGUUCGAAGACUGGGGCAUGGGCCCGAGACGAAAAGUCAUGUUCCCCUUUUUUGGAGACGGCAUAUUCACCCAGGAAGGCGCUGACUGGAAACAUUCGCGCGAAAUUCUGAGGCCCCAGUUUGUUUUUAAGCAGUACGAAGAUCUGGAAGUGUUCCGAGAACCGGUCGCCAAUCUCCUGGAAGCGUUACCCACAAAUGGGGUCGUCGAUCUCCAACCGUUCUUCUUCCGGUUGACCUUAGAUGUGACCACAGCAUUCUUGUUUGGAGAGUCCGUACACUCCCUAGAAAGGCCUGGCACACCGGGAGAAUCUGAAUUCGCCAGUGCGUUCAACACAGCUCAAGACUUCAUUGCGAAAAGGAUGAGACUACAGGACCUCUAUUGGCUUGUCGGUGGGAGAAAAUUUCGGCAGGCCUGCAGUGAUGUUCAUCGCUUUGCAGAUCAGAUCAUUGAUCGAAAUCUAUCCAGAGACUUGGACCGCGUUGAAGGACAAAAAAAAUAUGUGUUUCUUGACUUUCUCGCCAGAAAUACGCCAGAUCGGAAGGCAUUGCGCAGCCAAAUCAUAAACAUCUUGGUUGCCGGCAGAGAUACUACCGCAUGCCUCAUCUCCUGGACGUUCUUCCUUCUCGUGCGACACCCAAAUGUCAUGGACAAACUAAGAUCAGAGAUCGCAUGCAUCUUCGACAGUAGAGUGGAGAUUACACGAUCGGACCUGAGAAAAAUGAACUACUUGCAAAAUGUCAUAAAAGAGACUCUCAGACUCUAUCCUUCUGUUCCGGUGAACUCUCGGACAGCUCUGAAGACCACUGUCCUCCCAGUUGGUGGCGGGCCGGAUCUCAAAUCCCCAGUGUUUGUACCUAGAGGGGCUUCGGUUGCGUACAGCGUGUAUUCAAUGCAUAGACGGCCCGACUUCUAUGGAAUGGAUGCAGAAUUGUUCCGGCCCGAGCGAUGGGAGGAACAUAUGCCCCUUAACGACGAUCCAACCAAUGCAAAAUGGGGGUAUCUUCCCUUCAAUGGAGGGCCACGAACAUGCCUGGGCAUGGAUUUUGGCCUGACCGAGGCGGCAUACACUAUCGUGCAUCUGAUUCAGAGGUUCCCCGGGAUUAGAUUGCCCCCCGGGGAGAAGGUGGAGUUAAUUGGCGUCGAGAAGCAGACGAUGACUCUAGUGGUUUCAAUCACCGAGGGGUGCAAGGUUGAAGUGAGCAGAGAUCAGAAAUGA